CAUUGGUUUGACAGUAUUACCGGAAACGGAAGUGACUUCUAUGCCAUGCCUUCAUUAACGAAGGUGAAAUAUUAAAUCCAAACAUUUUGAUCACCUAUUUUGGUUCUACAAGACAAAUUCAAUAAUGCAUUGUCUAUGACAAACAUAAUUCAAAUCCAAAUUUUCAAUGAAUAGCCUUCAACAAUUCAACUACCAUUGCUCCUGCAGCCAUGCCUUCUGAUAUAAAGUACAUAAGUAUCAAAUUAACCAUCACUAGCAAACUACAGGAAUUCAGUUUUUCAAAGGAAUGUAGUUUUAUACUUGGAUAUUCAGCCAUGGAGGAUUCAUAUGCUUCAGAAAUUGAAAGAAAAGAGCUUCUACAAAAAAAGCACUAUUUCUUUCUUAAUGAAUUACAACAAAUGGCUAGAGAGUUACCGAGCAAAUACCAACAGCGAGUACCAUAUGAUUUGCUGUCUGGCCUUGCUCAUGCUUUGUUAGAUGGUACGGUCUUUGAAAUUGUCCAAGGCUUAUCUGAAGUACAGCAUUUGGAAGAGAAGAGUUUAUUUAAUCAGCGAGUGAAACAGACAAAUGAUCAUAAAGCCCAGAAGCAUGAAAUGACAAAAAAACAUAAGGAGUUGCUUCAAGCCUGUGAAAACAAACCUCACAAUUUACCUCUGGUGCAAGCUCAAGUGGAUCGUGAACGAGAGAUUAUGAAUAAAAGAAUUGAAGAAGAGUCCAAGAAAAAAGAUAUAAAGACAAUUAUGGAACUAGAUCAGAAAGUAAUGGACCAGCAAGUUACUCUGGAAAAAGCUGGUGUUCCAGGCUUCUAUGUAACCAACAAUCCUGCUGAAAUUCGCCUACAAAUCUACCUCUUAGAAUUUAUUGUGAGACUUCGAAACACUGAGUUACCAACAUGAAUAAGAGGAAAUAAUUAUUCAGUAGAAAGAAUCAUCUAAUCUCAAAUUUAUUUUGCCAAACUCUGCAACUGGAAAAAUGUAUUCUCAUCAUUUCUUGGUUUUCUACCAAGGCUUAUUUAAAAAAUACUUUCAAAACUGGAUGCUGUAACAACUUCCACGUGUUUACUAUUUGAUAUUUUUCUUUAACUUCAAAUAGUAGCUCAAAACAAUGUUUGGUUAGAUUUAUCAUUAGAAAAUUCUUGUUCACUAAAUUUUUGUUUUUUUUUCAAAUUUCAUCAUCAUAUCAUUAAAACACAU